UACUUGAUUCUCCAUGCAUCUUAAUUUCUUGAAAACUUUAUCAAACUCAUCUAAUUAAUUAUAUUUAUUGUGGUGCUAAUUUGAUUAUAUAUAUUGAUAAUGAUAAAAACAUAAUUAAAAUUCUCAAUAUUUAUGGUUGGCCAUGUUGACUUCAAUUAGGAUAUAUUGACUUUGCUUCCUUCGUGCUUUAUUAAUCGUUUUUGAAAUUGUGGAUUUUAGUCUAUGAAGCGCGACAUGGACACCGGACAUGACACAGACACUGACACGCCGACACAGCUAAUAAUUUGAAAAAUCACAUAAUUCAUGGUAAUUACAAGUGUCGGUGUCGUGUCGGUGUUGGACACGAGAUGUGGUUCGACACCGGGACACGCCUAAUCUGAGGAAUGUCCGUGCUUCGUAGAUUUUAGUUGUCUUGUCCCCUGUUGUUUUUUAAACGCUUUCAUGAUGAUUAUUGAAAAUAUGUGGUUUGAGUUUUUUUGCGACAUAACGAGUGACUGGAGUUUUAUCUUGAGCUUGAAGAAUCAAAAGCGUGAAAUCAUGUUGAUUUCCACGGCCCGAUAUUUUUUAUUGAAUGUGGUAAAUAUGUUGCCUGAUAAGCAAAUCUGUAGUGAAACAUGUUAGCAUAUAGAAUGAAGGGAAGUUAGAGUAGCUACGAUGAGAUAAGGUACUUAGUUAGAGGGAAGGAGGCAUGUGCUUUUGUGGUGCGUAUGUUGCAGAGUUAACAUACGCACCACAAAAGCACAUGCCUCAAAUGGAUUUUUUUAUGGGAUGUCUUUAGGUACAGAAGAAUUGAGCUGAAUGUGGGUUCUCAAGUCGCGGUUGCUAAUUUGCGUAAUAAUAAGAAAGGCAAUGUUUCUGGGAUGUGUUGAUUCAAAACAUUAGAAGGUUGCGUCAAAUGGAUUAUAAGACGAAGUGCCUCAUUAUCGAUGAAGCUGACAGGAUAUUGGAAGCAAACUUUGAGGAUGAAUUGAAGCAGAUUAUCAAGCUCCUCCCAAAGAACAUACAGACAGCUUUAUUUUCAGCUACACAAACAAAGAAGGAUGAACUGCUGAUCUCAUCCCAGCUUUGGUUUUUGCGGAAAGAAAAGGCCCUGAAAGCAGAAAAUAUUCUCAAUUCAUCAGAAUAUUAUCUAAUCUUCUUGUAGAAAAUGGCUGCCGAAGAUAAUAAGGAUCUUAUUGAAAUCGUUGAAAACUUGAACUCAAUCGAUGUUGCUAAAUAUAUGAAUUUUGUCAGUGCCCCACAAGCUGGUGCUAUAGCUACAUUUUCAGGCACCACUCGUGACACUUUUGAUGGAAAAAUAGUUGUGGAAUUGAUAUACGAAGCUUACAUUCCAAUGGCAAUACGUUGUAUCAAGUCCGUCUGUUCAUCUGCUAGAGAAUCCUGGAAUCUACAUUCCAUUGCUGUUGCUCACCGGCUAGGUACAGUACCUGUUGGAGGAACGAGUGUCUUCAUUGCAGUGUCCUCUGUCCACAGGGCUGAUGCGCUUGAGGCAUGUAGAUAUUUGAUAGAUGAGAUAAAAGCAACAGUUCCUAUUUGGAAAAAAGAGGUUUAUUCAAAUGGCGAGGUCUGGAAAGAGAACACCGAAUUCUUGGAGAGAAGGUCUGAGCUUGGUAAAAAGGAUGUAGUUGCAGAUUGCUCUGUGAAAAAGUCAGAAAUUAAGGAGCAUAGCAAAAAGCUUUGUUGCGGGAAUAAGGUUCGGGUUGAUGAUGAAGGUAGGAAGGAGUAAAGUCAAUAAACCUGCCAUCUCUUGGCACUAAUAUUAUCAAUCUUGUUAUAUAACUUCAUUUAUUGAGAUUGUCAUUUCCAUCACAAUCAGAAGGAAAAAAUGAAUUUUCAACAUUGGCGCGAGAGGGAUACAGGGAAAUAAUGUUAAUAGAUAAUUUUUUUAAUGACCCUUCUUAUGUUAUGAUGUUGUUGGGACAUCUAAUUCUGUCAAAUUUAGUUUUUAUUGGUGAGCAUAGGUGUUGGUGAUGAAAGCAAGAAAACAAUAUCACACAGUUCCAAAUUCCAGUAAUUUUGAUGAUGUUUUCAA